GCAGCAGGGUUCGUGUUGGCGAGCGGACAGUGUAUGUGUAUAAUAGGUGUUUCAUGCUAGUAAGCGCGUUAUUAGAAUUAUUGUGGGACAAAUGAAAUCUAUGUUUCCGUGCAGUGGAUGAAACAUCGAUUUUGGGAGAAAAUGAACUCAGUAUUGACAAAGGUAUUUUGCAGAAGAAGCGAAAAAUUCUUCCAGUCGAUUGCUUCGGUGUAUAGGCUAUCACCUUUAGAUAAUGGCGUAUGCAAAGUUUUUAGUGUUGUGCAGAACCAUGAGAGGAAUUAUCGAUCCAAGCCUACACAUGGUAUUGGAAGAUACAAAUAUCUUUUGCCAAAAGAAGUGCCUAAAAAGAAGAAGGAAAAGCUGCAGAUGAAAGAAAUAAAAGCAGGGACUGAUGUUGAGUAUGCAGUACUUAAUGUAUGUGUUUCUGGUCAUGAUAUGACUCUUGUGGAACACUUCUCUCAAUACAUCCAUAACCUCUGCAACCGACUGAAGAUCAAGGUGGAUGAAAGUUAUGCUUUGCCAACAAAAUUCACUGAAGUAAUGCUAAUGCAGGAACACGGCACAAAAAUGUACACAGAUGCAAUUCUAAACACUCAUAUGAGAGUUGUGCAGUUAGGAGCAUUAAGUUCCACAUUGGCUCCAAUAUUCAUUGAGAUUCUUCAGAGGAAUCAGCCAGAAGGAGUGCAGUUCUCUAUUAAAGAGCACACAGAAGCAGACUUUUAUUCACGAUUCAAAGCUCGACCAGAGCUUGAAGAAUUAUUGGCGCAAGUGAGCUGAGAAUAAUAACUGCUUAAUUACUCAAGGCAGUCCAGUCUCUUUUCCCCACUGACUCAAAGGCCAAAGGUCACUGUAACAUGCUGACGGUUUCUAACCUUUGAAAUGGAGAUUGUCAAUAUAAUCAAUUUAUUGCACUGCAUCAAAUCUGCAGUUUGUCCUGAAGUCAAAGGAUAACAUAUUUAAUAUCUAUCUUUGAUGAGAAAUUUGAUGGAUAUCUUCUUCUGUUAAAAAAAUAAAUAAAUAAAAUGCUUUUCAUAUUUUA